UAAUUAUUUCUCACCGUGUGGUAAUAUCUAACGAAAAUAGUUAAGCGAACAAGUAGGACGAAAAAAUCGUUUAAUUUAAUUAUGAAAAUCGUUUUUAAAAUGGCUAACUUCAAUGUUACCUGAGAGAUCGAUAACGCCAACGACUAUAUAAGGAUUUAAAUUGAAAAGAACAAAGAAUUGAGUCAUUCAACAGAAUGCAUUUGCCCGUUACCUCAUUCGUUAUUAUUGUUAUCUCUUCCGUUCAAUUUCUAUCAAUUUUAUCGAUAUUCAACUGGCGAAUGGAUCCGUAGCAAUUUCACUUCAAAAAUAGAAAAUGACAAUUUCUAUUGAACUAUUCGAUUUUAUUCGAUACCUAUUAUUGUUCGGACUGGAGUGUGCGCGAGAGUGGCUAAUAAAAUGAAGUGGAAAGUAAAUCGAAUGUGAAACAGUGAAAGUAAUAAGAUACAAUUGUGAGAGGAUUGAUCAGGAGAAUUGGAAAAAGUUCGUGAAUUUUUUUCGGAGAGAGAAAACUGUAAAUAGUCUUCGAUAAAAAUAAUUAGUGCGAUGGAGACUUUGUACGGUAGCCAUAUGACAGUUAUCAUGUGGAUAUCUAUAUUUUUUCUAUUUUAAUUACUAUUAAUUACGUUGGUAAUGAACUUCCGAAUGGAUUCGCUCGAAUUCAUGAUCUGAUAAACUAUAACGUUAGUAAACAAAUCGGAUUCAAUAAAAUAAUGGAGAUAGUGACCUGUAAAUCCACCGCAGCUGCUCUGAAUUAAUUCCCCAGGAAUCAUCACUUCUUCAGGUACAUUCGUAGACAUCAAAAGAUGCAGAGGAACGAUCUAUUGAACAGUCAUUCGAUAAAAAAUGGGAAUCAGCGGGGAAAAUCGCGACUUCUCGAUAAAAACCGUUCCCUAUCAAGACUCGAUUUCAAUGACAUGUUCGUGAUACCGAAUAUUUUCUUGAGAAUAUUGGGACUAAGCAAAAUUUAUGCGGCUUUGGAGGAUGACGAGGAGAAUGAGAAUGAUGUUAUCAGCCCCAUAAUAUCGACAGCAGUUGGCCUCGGGCUGUUAGGGCUAAUUAAUAAUUUCGUCUACCAACGGAAUAAUGGUGUACAUGGAGCAUUGGAGAUCAUGCCAACCAUUCUAUCGGCAUUUAUCGCAUGGUUCGGGGGGAUAUUGUUGUACGCUUCAUCGAAGAAGAUAAAGGGAUUACUUGGAGACAUGAAGGCCUCGUGGACCGAGGCUUGGAUAGAAAAUACCGAUCCAAUCCUCAUUGGCAAAGCUAAAAGAAGUAUUUUCUGCACGCUAUAUUAUUCGCUUUUCAUUAUCGCACUUGGAGGUUUCUACGUCGUGGUUCCCCUCGUGCGAAUGAUUCAAAAAUUUACCAGUGCUCAGGACGACCAGUGCUUUGAUGUUAACAUUACAGUCUUACCUAUGCGGUAUCCAUUCUCCAUUAAUACUUUGCCAAUUUACAUCCUGACUGUGAUGUACGAAGUCAGCUGCAUAUUCAUCUUAGCAAUUUCCUAUCUGAUUGUCGACACUCUCUUUCUUCAGCUCACAACAAUUGUCUGCUUAUUAUUGCAGAAUGCAGGUAAAAAAUUCCGAGAUGUAACUUUGGACUACAAUAUUGACAAAGGCGAUCAGUCAUUAUUAAGAGAAAUACAUCACAUUGGAAAACAACACAGCCAAUUACUCUCAUAUUGUCGGCGAAUUGAAGAAACAUUCAACCCAAUCAUAUAUCUAAUCAUAUUAUCAACCAGUGCGAAUCUGUGUGUUUGUGUGAUCGACCUAGAAUCGUCAUUAUCAGAACUCGAACUGGCACAUGCUGCAACACUUGUGAUGCAUUUUGCUGUUGUUGUUAUGCAACCACUAAUAUAUUGUAAUUAUGCCGAAGGUAUCUCCCAACAGACAAAUAAUAUAGCGACCAUGAUCUACGCUUGUCAAUGGUCGGAUAAAAAUAAAAAAUUCAAACGCAUUGUCCUGCUCAUAAUGAUGAGAUCUCAACGCAACUAUAAAUUCGGGGAAUACGGAUUGUUCAAAGUGGAUCGUCAUCUACUGACUCAGCUGGCACGUACAGCAGCGAAUUUCUUUAUGUUAUUACGUAAAGCCAAUACUUAAUGGAAAUUUAUUACAAUAUUUUCUUCUUACAAAUUCUGUCCUUGACUCAUCCAUGUGUGACAUUCAUCGACGAUCGACUUUGU